ACAUUUAAUUAUUUGGUUUCUGUACCUGCACAUUUACAAACUUGAAAAAACUGUGUAAAUAGAACAAACAAAUAAACAGAACGAACAUACAAAUUAAACACUUUCAAUCAGGGACCACUGGUACAACCUGCACCGGGGCCCCGCUAACCCCAGCUACGACCCUGAAGACACAUGAAACUAUUCUAUACAAAAGGGACAAAGGUAAAACAAAAUGCAACCUGAAACAGGAACAGAAACCAAAUUAAAUUGGAUAGUUACAGAUGCUCCCACAAGGAAACUGAAAUAACCUGCACUGUAUAAUAUUACAAUAAAAAUAGCUUAAUAAGCAUGCAAACUAAUGUCCUAAAAAUGCAGGAGAAACCGCAUAUAUUUUUGUGUGUGUGUUUGCUGUGUCUCUGUCUGUGUGUGAUUGCUUGGGAGAUCAUUUUGUGCAGUCUACCUCAGGAAGUGGCUUACCUAAAGUGUCAACUCCGGAAACCUAUGCUUUAUACAUCAGUGUAAGCUCUACAAGUGUAUAACUAGUGAUUGCCACACAUCAUUCGCCAUGAGUCAAACUUCCAUGUGGUAGUCAAAUAUCCAGGUUUCACCAUGUACCCAAGGGUCAUCCUAAAGGAAACACUGUACAAGAAAUCACAGCAGAAGAGAAGAACUUCGCCGUGCAAUUACAAAGAGAGGAUUUUCGUGUUAAACACACAGGAUCUGACAUACUUUGAACAUCGGCCUGGAAAAAAGCCAACUCAGAAAGGCUGCAUCGAACUGUCUCAUAUCAAGUGUGUGGAGAUCGUUCGCAGUGACGUUCCCAUUCCCUGUGAAUACAAGUACCCUUUCCAGGUCGCCCAUGACAGCUACUAUCUGUAUGUGUUUGCUCCAGAUAACGAAUGUAGGUUAAAAUGGGUCAGAGCUCUGAAAGAAGCGACACAAAAUAACAGCUUAUUUCUGAAGUACCAUCCUGACUUCUGGGGAGAAGGGAAAUGGAGAUGUUGUCAUCGGACCGAGAAGCUGGCCACGGGAUGCAGUGAAUACUAUCCCAGUGGAGCCAAACCUCUUCCCCCAACUCCAGAUCCAAUGCGGCGAUCUUCAGAUCCAGAGGACAGGAUUGUUGUGGCUUUGAGGAAUUUCAGCCCCGUAGAAGAUACUGAUCUGCCUCUGCAUAAAGAUGAAGAGUAUUUUGUCGUUGACAGUUCAGAACCAAACUGGUGGACAGUGAGGGACAAAGACGGAAAUGUUGGCACGGUGCCAUGCAUAUAUAUUGCAGAGAAAUUAUCAAACAACAUCGAGAAAUUUGAAUGGUACAAUAAAGACAUAACUCGCACCGAGGCAGAGAGCUUACUAAUGAGAGAGAACAAGGACGGGGGUUUCAUCGUUCGUGACUCUAAACAUGCAGGUGUUUACACCGUCUCAAUAUUUUCCAGAGCUGCAGGGACUAAUGGAGAGAAGCAUCCCCUAGUUAAGCACUACCAGAUUAAAGUGCAAAGAGAAGGUGAAAAGGUCAUGUAUUACUUAGCUGAGAAAUACGUGUUCUCGACCAUUCCAGAGCUCAUCCGCUAUCACCAACACAAUCCGGCAGGUUUAAUAACCAGGUUGAGGCACUGUGUGACCAGAAAUGUCACAGAUUCAAGGAUCGAUGAGUUGUCAUCAGAUAAAUGGGAGAUUCACCCUGAUGAACUGACAUUAAGCGAGGAACUGGGCAGUGGGCAGUUUGGCUUGGUCUGGAAGGGAUGCUGGAAUGACCAGCAGGUUGCAGUUAAGACCGUCCGAGAGGGAUUCAUGUCAGAGGAGGAAUUUAAGGAGGAAGCACAAGUGAUGAUGAAACUGUCCCACAGUAAGCUGGUCCAGUUGUAUGGUGUGGUCACUCAGCGCUCGCCCAUCUAUCUGGUGUUUGAAUUCAUGGAGAACGGCUGCCUGACAGACUACUUGCGUGCCAGAAAAGGCAACUUCUCCCAGGAGGUCCUGCUGGGGAUGUGUUUGGAUGUGAGCGAGGGGAUGGCCUACCUGGAGAGCUCCAACUUCAUCCACAGAGACUUGGCUGCAAGAAACUGUUUGGUUUCUGAAGACAAUGUGGUGAAGAUAUCAGAUUUUGGAAUGACGAGGUUUGUCCUAGAUGAUCAGUACACCAGUUCUUUUGGGUCCAAAUUUCCAGUGAGAUGGUCCUCUCCAGAGGUGAUCAAAUUCCAGAAGUACAGCAGCAAAUCAGACGUGUGGUCUUUCGGUGUGUUCAUGUGGGAGGUGUACAGUGAGGGCCGUUUGCCCUAUGAUACCCGUGGUAAUGCAGAAGUAGUGGAGGCCCUAAAUGCAGGACUACGGCUCCUGAGACCCCGUCUCUGUCCACAGAGCGUGUACGAGUUAAUGCAAUGGAGCUGGAAAGAGAAACCUGAUGAUCGCCCCUCGUUUGCUCAGCUCCUGCAUGAACUGGCCUGCCUUGAACAAGAACCGUAAUCCUGAUCACACCCUUCCCUGUACUGGCUUAUAGGGAUAGCUUAUUCAAGAAAAACAGGACAUUUUGUCAUCAUUUAAUAACUGGCAUGUCAUCUAAACCUGUGUACAGUUUUUUAUUUGAUUGUAUUAAUUUUUUUGGAACACAAAAGGACCAUUUUGAAGAAUCGUUGCUUAGCAGUUUUCUGUAUAUGGAAGUUUGUAUUAAACAAACUAUCUGAAUUAUCCCUUCAGCUGAAAACACUGUAAAUUGUACAAAUCAAAUAUUGUAUUUAUUUGUAUAUUUUAUUUAUUUCACAGAUUUCUUAUAUUCGUCAUUUAUUCCACGUUAUGUCACUGACCUGUGUUUUUCCCGUUUAUAUACAUGCAUGACUUCUGCAAACACAAAUCUGUCCCUUAGGAGGCACACAUGAGCCAUUUGUUUCAACACCAGUAGAAACGUUGCUUAUUAGUGGAAUACAUUACUGUUGCAGUGUAUUCAACAAAGAAUCACAUUUACAUCUAUGUCCUGAUUCUGUAAUUGAUUUCCAUUGUUUGCAUAAAGCUUUAUGCACAAUAAACUCACAAUUUCCUAACUGAAGUAAAAGUUUGUAAUACAAAUCUAUUUGAGCAGAAUCAUUUGUGAUUAUAUCAAGACUACUGUACUGAUCAAGUCUACAGACUGUUUAUUUUAAGGAGCAUGCAAGUAUAAGCUCAUGAUGUGGACCUGCUGUUACUGUUGAUUGGUGCAUAGUAACACAAAUGCCUUCACUGGUUACUGUGACAACAGCACUGAAUAGAAAUACACUGCAGCAUGCCAGUAUUCACCAUAUAUGCAGCCUGAGGCCAUAGUCACAGAAAAAAAGUGCAUAUAUCUUUAAUGUGUUUCCAGAGCAAUUCAAUGAAACCUACAAUGUUUUUGUUUGUCUGUUUUAAUUUGUCUGCUUUUUUUUUAUCUAAUUGAUUCAGUUUGUUUUUGGGAAAAUACUGUUUGAAUGUACUGAUACAUAAACCAACAUGAUGGCGUGUUUUUAUAUUUUUAGAAAAAGAUGCCCUCAUAAAGAAAAACCCAAUUCCAGGAAGUCUAUAUUGCCUCUUAAUAAAAUUUGUAUCUGUAAAUA